UCUGUGGUUCACCAUAAAAUCAAAGACUUGUAGAUUUAAGAAAGGUUAGAAUAAUUGUUUUGAAAAGUGUGCCGGUGUUUGAAUAUGAGAUUCUUGUAAAUAAAAUAGAAUUCAGUCAUGGCGUUAUCACAAAAAUAUGAUGGACUUGCCUUGAUGCCCUGGUUUGAUGUGGCCGAAUGGACAUCAGUGAAAAACCUCAUAUAUUCAGGCGAUAUAGAAUCUCAAAAGCUUGCUUUAGAUCGUAUGGAAAUAUGGAAACUGAGAACCCCUCUUGUAUCUGUUGGAAUAGAUGGGACAAUUGUGCUAUUAGGUGCCCUUUUAGCUGAGAAAGAUAAUCUGCAAGAUAAACAAUUAGUUCAAAUAUAUUCAAUAUCCCUCUUAAGAUUUUUGAACAUUUGUGCAGCAAGUAAUGAUAAACAAGGCACAUUCUAUAAGACUGCUGAAAAGAAUGAUUUGCCCUCAUGGUUAAUUACUUUACGUCAUGAGAUUGCUCAUGGUAAUAUGAUUCCUUCAAAGAAAUUCUUGAGAAUGUCGUUGAAUCACUGUUUACAGUGGGUUAAGGAAAAAUACUGGAAUGUUACCCAAAUGGAAGAUUAUGUAGUUUCAGAAGAGACAAAUUUCAAAGACUUGGUACAUCAUUAUGCUAAACUCAAACUAUUGAAUUAUUUCAAAGAGAGUACUGAUAGUCUGAUAGAAGAGAUUAAAAAAAAGAUAGGAUCUUCACUUUCUGAUGGGUUCAAUCAUGGCCUUACUGCAAGUGAUUUCCUCAUUUUACUUGAAGACCAUUUAAUACAGUCUGUUACCCAAGAUAAAAUCAAAGACAGUAGUAUCUACAUUGUUUCAACCCUAGUUGAAAAAGAAGUGAUAUUAACAAUUAAUUAUUGUUCUGUUAAUGGUGUUAAGAAAAUUCCAUCCAAUUUCCUGCAAAUAUGGCAAAAACUCUUGAACUUAUUAUAUCAAAAUAGCACACUAUUUUUAUUAAUCAAUAAAUUGGUUGAUGUAACCGAAUCGAAUGCAUUUGAAUACUCUGCUAAAGAAAUUGCAAGUUUAUGGAUUGCAGAAUUGUAUCAGGGACUCCUAAAAACUAAAAAAAUGAAAGAAGAAUAUGAUACCGUCACAUCGAUGCAUUCAGAACAGAUAGACAAAAAAACUGCAAAAUUGAUCUUUAAAUCAAAAUUGGACACAAGCCCUCAGUUCAAGGAUACUAUAACAUUUAGCGAAUUUGAACUGUUGCCAAUGGAUGACUCUAGGAUGUUUCAAGAAAGAAUUUUGCAAACUCCCAACGAGUAUACUAUGAAUUAUUUGGAAAUGGUGCUGAGGUUAAAUGGAAACACAGAAAGUGUUAUAAAGAAGAAAAUUAACCUUAUAAAAAAGCUUGUUCAAUUCAGUACCACCUUUUAUACAGACCCUGUUACAAUUUAUUCAGUACAUGACCUGCAAACACUUCAAGAAACGUAUAGUUCUAGUACUCCCGCUGUUGAGAAUAAAAUGCCUUCAGAGACUGAAAGAAUUGAAGACAGAAGAAAAUUUAGGGAGUUGACAGAGGCCGAAAAAUUCCGUUACAAAUGUUAUCCCUUAGGACAUGUGCCCCCAAGCUGAACUUCGUUCCAGUUUCGCUUAAAAUUGUUGUGUUUGAAAUGAAUUGUUACAAUUUUCAAAGUUUUAUAAUAAUUCGUAUAAAAAAUAAAAAACAAGUUUCAAUGUA